UCCGUUCCGUUACAAAUGGGCGGGGCCGUUUGCUCCGGUGCUUCCAAGCUCACACUCAAGUUCGCAGCGGAAGAAGCUAUUCGGCUCUCUGCAGGCAGCGAGCGAGCGAGCGAGGCGAGGCGAGGGUCGUGCAGGGAAAACCCGCAGCGCGCUGCCCGAGCUCUCCAGGUGAUCGUGUGCAGCAUCUCUCCCCUGAUGGCAUCUGUGAGUGCUGCUCAAUUCGUCCCCGGGAGCUCUUACCUCAGCACUGCAGGAGCAACUGGCUCAGAUUCCAAGACAGUAUUGACCCACAAUGACCUGAAAAACCAACCAAUUACACACUGUGGCUUAAGGUCCUUGAACAAGUUGGAUAUGCUGCAGAUCAAGACUAAUGUAAGGGCAGCUACCAGACAAACAAGAAGAAAGGCAUUAAAGACAGAGGUUGUGAGCCCCUUACGAGUUAUUAAAUGUGGAAGUGGGAUGAACUUAGUUUUUGUAGGUGCAGAAGUUGGUCCAUGGAGCAAAACUGGUGGACUUGGUGAUGUUCUUGGAGGACUUCCACCAGCUAUGGCUGCAAAUGGUCAUCGAGUCAUGACUGUGUGCCCUCGCUACGAUCAGUAUAAAGAUGCUUGGGAUACAGAGGUGCUGGCUGAGGUUAAAGUCGGUGAUAGAACUGAAACUGUUCGCUUCUUCCACUGCUAUAAAAGAGGAGUUGAUCGUGUUUUUGUAGAUCACUCCUUGUUUCUCGAGAAAGUAUGGGGGAAAACUGGAUCCAAGAUUUAUGGUCCCCAAGCAGGGAAGGACUAUAUUGAUAACCAACUUAGAUUCAGCUUGCUAUGCCAGGCAGCUCUGGAAGCACCACGACUUUUAAAUUUGAACUACAGCAAGCACUUCUCAGGACCAUAUGGGGAGGAUGUUGUUUUUAUUGCUAAUGAUUGGCACACUGCUCUUCUCCCCUGCUACUUAAAAUCAAUGUACAAACCUAGAGGAAUCUACAAAAAUGCCAAGGUUGCUUUCUGUAUCCACAACAUUGCAUACCAGGGCAGAUUUGCAUAUGCAGACUUCUCAUUAUUGAACCUUCCAGACCAGUUCAGGGCAUCCUUUGAUUUUAUUGACGGCUACGACAAGCCUGUGAAGGGCAGGAAGAUUAAUUGGAUGAAGGCUGGAAUACUAGAAUCGGACAGAGUUGUCACAGUGAGUCCAUACUAUGCAGAGGAACUUAUCUCUGGCGUAGAAAAAGGUGUAGAAUUGGAUAAUAUUAUCAGAAUGAUUGGUAUCACUGGAAUUGUCAAUGGCAUGGAUGUCCAAGAGUGGAAUCCAGCGUCAGACAAGUACCUCGACGUCAAAUACGAUGCUACAAAUGUGUUGCAAGCAAAGCCCCUGUUGAAGGAAGCACUGCAGGCUCAUGUUGGAUUGCCAAUUGAUAGAAAUGUCCCCGUAAUAGGCUUCAUUGGUAGGCUUGAAGAGCAGAAAGGUUCAGAUAUUCUUGCGCAAGCAAUUCCUCAGUUCAUCCAUGAAGAUGUUCAGAUAAUUGUUCUGGGCACCGGGAAGAAAAAUAUGGAGAAACAACUUGAAGAGCUUGAGAUCAAGUACCCUAACAAGGCUAGGGGAGUCGCGAAAUUCAAUGUUCCCCUUGCACAUAUGAUCACAGCCGGUGCUGACUUUAUGGUGGUACCAAGUAGGUUCGAGCCAUGCGGUCUCAUUCAGCUACAUGCCAUGAGAUACGGAACAGUACCAAUCGUGGCAUCCACGGGGGGUCUGGUCAACACGGUACUAGAAGGUUAUACCGGAUUCCAAAUGGGCGCAUUCAAUGUUGAGUGCGAGACUGUCGAUCCUGCUGAUGUAGCAGCGAUAGCAAAGACCGUGACAAGGGCACUAGCAACUUUUGGCACCCCUGCUCUGAAGGAGAUGAUCGCGAACGGCAUGGCUCAAGAUCUCUCCUGGAAGGGACCAGCAAAGAACUGGGAGAAAUUGCUAUUGAAUCUAGAGGUCACCGGCAGUGAACCUGGAGUCGAUGGAGAGGAGAUUGCUCCUCUAGCUAAAGAGAAUGUGGCCACUCCUUAGCUUGGUCAGCUUCCAAUACCUGCUUUUCAGUAUAUGCUCCAAUGAACAAACCAACUACCCUGAUGGCUGACUACAGGAAACAAAAUAGUUUCCCUCGUCAAAAAGGAUAAAAAGGUACCCUAAUGACCAUCUUAUAUAAGCCUUCUCUUUUCCCUCUUUCUUCUGGUGUAAUAUAGAAGCUUCUUGUCGAACCUUUCCUCAUAACGCACCAGCACUCGAAGAAGGCAGUGGAUGCUGCUCUUUGGAAUGUUGAAAUUAGCUAUAUUCAGAGGCAAUGAAGAAUGGAAGGGCCUAGGCAAAUCUAUGCUCAAUCUGUCAUGAGUUGUAUAGAACGUUUUUCUGUAGUAGUUAUUCAUUGCGUUGAAGGUGCAACUGUGGAAAGACUUGUAGUUGUUACACUAAUGAUAGCUAUGUACGCCAUUUGCCGCAGCAAAAAAUGACCUUCCAAUGUUUAAA